AUCUUUUAUAAUUAUAAAAUAUGGAGAUCAUCAGUAUUCCCGUACCUCGUAUCAGAAGACAAGAGAAUAAAUACACAAAGUUGCUAGGAUUAAUGCACUUGAGUGAUAGCUGUAAUACCAAACUUAAUAUCCUGACCGUAGCUGUAGUUUUACUUAACUUCUUAUUUUUAAUCAGUGGAUGAACAGAAGAAGAAAUAGCAUUUACUAUUAGUCAUUUCAUAACCUGCAAUGUGUUUGUGCUAUCAGCAAGGAUAUGGUGGAUCUACUUCUGCAAGAGAUCAGACUCUUCUUCAGUUAUAGUCAUAAAAAUAGUAGUAUCUUCCUUAUGUCAAUUAAUGUCAUCUGCAUGAGCACUUGUGACGAUUAUUUUUAUGCAUGCAGUGAAUGCUCAGAAGGAUCAAAGUGUUGGAAAGUUGAUGGUUGUAUUCACUUACAUAAUGCUUCUCCUGUCUUUGAAACUUAAUUUCGUCAAUUGCAUCAAACUUCUGUUGUUAAUCAUCAAGUUUGCAAGAGAAAAUCAAGACAAUGAAGUUAGAAGAGAGAACUUGCCUGAAAUACCAAUAGGAAGUAGAGAAGACUCAGAAAUCAAUUCUCAAUUUGAGGAAAGAGCAAGGAUGAUUAUUGAUCAAAUCGCAGAAUCAAGGCGCCACAGACAAAGGGAGCAUAACAUCUCCCAGGUAGACCGCUUUGAAGCAAGAGGAAGAAGACAAAGGAGAAGAAGAAUUCUAAGGCAUCUUAGGAAUAGAGGUAUCCAAGAAGGUACCAUUCAGGCGAUUGGACACAUCUUGGAAGCUACUUUGGAGAGAAAUGAGGAGGAUUCUCCUGAAGAAAGAGUUAAGAUUUACUCAAGAAUUGAAAGAGUUCUUUAUGAAAGUAAUAAACAUGGAGAGUCUGAAAGCUGCCCUAUUUGAUUCGAAGAUUUUGAAGAGAAGAAUGAAAUUAAAAUCCUUCCUGACUGCACUCAUAUUUUCCAUGAAAACUGAAUCGAACAGUGGAUCUUAAAAGCAAGAUCAAACUCUGUCUGUUGCCCUGUUUGUAGAGAGAGUAUUCAAGCUAAACUCCCAGAUGACCCAGAACCAGAGGAAGAAGAAAUGGCAAGACUUAGAGCUGACUCUGAGGAGUCUGAAAGUGCUUUUAGCUAAACUAAUGACAUAAAAUUCCAACACCAAUGCUUUAUUU